AGCUUCACAUAUAUAUACGGCACAGUUGCAUACAAAAUUGGAAACCCGAACCACAAUUUCGCGCUUCAAAACAAAGUGCUACGACUAUGAAAUUUUCACAAGUGUUAACUACUACUCUUAACUAAAACACAUUCUUCUCGCUUCUUACUUCUUAGUACUUACCCAAUCCAUGGAAAAGAACGCAUCUUUCCCAACAAAAAAGCACCUUCACAAAAACGACUUCGAUCCACCACCACCACGCCCAUGCCACUGCCUGCUAACAUGCAUGCUCCUGACUCUUCUCUUUGUGGCCUUGGUCGUCGUGUUAUGGCCCGGGGAACCGGACGUGAAGAUCACGCAGCUGAGCGUGAAGCGCGUGAAGGCGACGGCGAUGUUCAUGCUUUCCGUGACGAUUAAGGUUCAAAACCGCGACGUGUACUGGAUGGAUCUGAAGGAGGUGGACGUGGGGAUGAAGUACAGAGGGAGAAAGCUGGGUCACGUGGAGUCUGGGAGGUGGCACGUGAGGGGGUGGGGAUGGUGCCAUGUGUACGGUGAUUUAGAGUUCGGUGGAUUGCCUCCCGUGGAUGUGGUGCAUCUGAUUGAAGAUAUCAAGAAGGGAAGUGCUUUAUUUCAUGGUGUUGCGGAAGUUUCUGGCCAACUUGGCUUUUUUGGAUUUCGCUCUCCGUACGUCUUUAAGGCAGUACGGGCAUGUGACGUUUUGGUUAAUACAAAAAAUCAAACAGUUGUUCAUCAACAUUGUAUCCGUAAGGACUAACCACACUGGCUUUGCAACUAUGGAGCAAAUAUCAAGAUAUAAUAACGUCUUAUUAUUACUUGAUAUGUAUAUAAUAACGUCUUAUUAUUAUUAGCUAGCGGCACAUACAUAUUGCAAGAUCAAAGAUAACUUGCUUGCAUUGGGAGACAUAUAGAAUCAUCCAUUUUGAAUCACAAUCGAUAUCAAAACUUUAAAUCAGAGUUUCAACCGUCAUGAAUCAAACAUGAUAAUGUAUUAUGUAAGAUAUAGUUAAAAAAAUUUUAGAUUCACUACUACAUGUAUUUUAGGGAAAAAAAUCCUAGCAAUAUUUCUAGUCAAAUUUGGCAUUUUAUUAAUACAUGGCUGGCUAUUUUUGUCAUUUUCAAUGUCCAACAUACCCAGUUAAUAUCUUGGGAGAAAUAAUAUUUUAGAAAACCAAGAGGUCUUUUAAAAUAACAAUGUAGAUUGAAAGAUGUGGGUU